AUGACGUUGACCUCUCCAAAUUUAACCUUUAAGUCUCUUAGUUAUAGUUCCAAUCGAGAAAAAAUUAGUAUUGGUGAAGAUACCAUCCAGUUGGUCGCCAAUAAAGACGGAACUUACGAUGUGCCAGAGAAGAAAAUUUUAGUUAGAGUUCAUUCAGCCGCACUCAACCCAGUAGAUAUGAUUCUCUACAACUCUGCACAUCCUAUUUUAUCAUACUUUUUCGGCAAGCAGGGCAUUGGAAGAGACUACUCUGGUACAAUCGAAAAAAUUGGCGCUGUUGCGGGAAAGAAGUUUGAUUUUAAAGUUGGUGAUGAAGUUUGUGGAUUGUACAGACACCCCUUUGGUAAGGGAACUUGUAGUGAAUACAUAUUGAUUGACCCAGCUGUUGACAAGGCUAUUGGCUUGAAGCCUAAGAAUUUGACUAUGGAAGAAGCUAGUUCUUGGCCCUUGGUUUACGGAACGGCUGAAAGUAUGCUUGGAGUAAGGACUGCCAAAAACAAACCGAAAUUUAACAAGGAGAGUAAGGUUUUAAUUAUUGGAGCUUCAACUUCUGUCGGAAGAUACCUCCUUCAAAUCUGUUCCAAGAAGUACCACAUGAGGGACAUUGUAGCUGUAUGUUCACCCAAGUCCGAACAAGCUGUUCGCGAACUUGGUGCUACUAGUAUUAUCGAUUACACUAAAUUGUCGAAGGAUCAAGGAGGAAUUUACCCUCCAGCGCAAGAGCUUGCGGUAUCUGGGAAAUUCGAUAUGAUUUUGGAUUGCGUUGGAAAUUCCGAUUUUUUGGACGAUACUCGUAUGGAUCAUACUCUUAAGUCCAAUGGUGACUAUGUUACCAUAUGUGGUGAUGACAAGAAUGAAUAUGGUAGUAACUCUAUGUUAAAUUCUAUGAAAAAUUUGGACCCGUUAUUUAGAAUGAUAAGAAAGUUUUUUGGUUGGUUACCAUACAGCUACCAGCUAGUCUUCACCGAACCAGAGAAAGAAUGGAUUGAUAGUGGAAUAGAAGGCUUCGAAGAUGGAUCACUUCAGGUUCAAAUUGAUAGCGUUUACGAGUUUAUAGACUAUGAAAAGGCAAUUGAAAGAUUGAACUCCAAUAGAGCUACAGGAAAGGUUGUUAUUAAAAUUUGA